AUGAAAACAACACCAAAUGAGAGACGGCGGAAACGAAUCACGAAGCGCUCCAGAGUAGCAUGGUCCAAGCUGCUCUUCGACUGUUUGUGUCCAAUGACUCAGCACAAGUUCAGGCAAUGCAGUAACCAAACGGCAUACUACCGCAACAGCAGGAACAAGGAACUGGAUCUACGCUACGAAUGGGACAAAAUAUCAUUGAGAAAGGAAGGAAGGGAGUGGAAUUCAUAG